UUCUGCUAUCGCCGUGGCGGUGGGGAGGCGACCACUCACCAAAUCACCGACCAGCUGGGACCCCAAAACAUGGGGAGGAAAAAAAAGGAUUGGGAAGGAAAUUGAAAAAACUAUAAUAACAAGGGAUUAACUGUCGGCUUCAACGGAGCAAUCAGGGAGUUCGUUGAAAACGGCACCAGAAAACACACCCAGAUUCUCUCUCUGUCUCUCUCGGUGCUAAGCUGCUGGUCGGAGUGGACAGCUGUUCAAAAACAAGGGGAGGAGGAGGAUGGAGAAACGAGUGAAAUGAAUAACAGCCCUUGGGUAAAAGACUCAUUCUACAUCCUCUUGUUUUCCAAAGCCACCUUCCUCCAACGAUUUUGUUUUGGAUGUAUUUUGGGGAAAUAAGGCAACAAGGUAAGCCAGACAUAGGGAUGCUGUGGAAAUAUAAUGACAGAGAGAGAGGGAAAGGUGCAUCGCAGAACAAGUGCAGCAUGCAUCAGCACUGAGGCAGGACGAAGGAACGAGUGGCGCGCAAGCCUGUGAUGGAGGGAUGAGGGAGGAGGAGUGCAAGGGAGAGGGAGCGAGAGAGCAGGACUGGAAGGUCAUUACCACUAGACGAGACGGAAAUAAACAGGGAUCCGUCACCCUUUGACACCUACUCUCUAAAAGGCUACCUUCAACGCAAAUCAACAAAGGAGCUGAAUCCUGCUGCGUUCGCAUAUAGGAAACCCCUCCACAGAACCUGACUCAACCUGCCAACCAGUCAAUACAUUCCCAGAGGAAUGGCCCUUGUCCAUUGUGAAGAGGACACUCCUAACUUGUUCCUAUCCUUCUAAAUGUACCUAACCAAAGAACUUGGUCACUCAUUAUGACUCUGACCACAACAUCCCCUUUUGACUGCGACCCACCCAAACCAGGAAUUGGCCUCUGUCUACAGAAAGGAAGAAGGGAAUAUCUUUGACCAUCCGCUGCUAAGAGGAAUAGCUUCAUUGGUUGUUCACGAGAACACACACUGGAUUGGUGAAUGUGUCUCAACCCAAGGCGGAACCAGGUCUAUAGCUAACUAAAGAGACAUCCCUAUUCACUAGGGUCCCUACACUGCUACUGUACUACAAACAGGAAUAUCUGUAUCGGUUGAAGUAAACACAUACUGGAGGGGUGGACUGAGGCUGAGGCAAUUGGAGAGCUGGCAAACAUACUGACCGUCAGACAGGCGGCGUUUGACCUCAACAUGGGAGAGACGGCCGAGUACCAGCGACUGUCCAGCGAUGACGAGGAGAAGCUGGGCAGUAAUAUGCAGUCGGAGGAGGGCACAGAAUGGCUUCUGGAGCUGCUGAUGGAGGUGCAGCUGCAGCAGUACUUCCUCCGUAUCCGCGACGACCUCAACGUGACGCGACUCUCCCACUUCGACUACGUCAAGAACGAGGACCUGGAGAAGAUCGGAAUGGGGCGACCCGGGCAGAGACGGCUGUGGGAGGCGGUCAAGAGGAGGAAAGCCAUGUGCAAGCGGAAGUCCUGGAUGAGCAAGGUGUUCAGUGGGAAGCGUCCGGACGGCGGGGACAUCCAGCAGGCGGCGCCCACCUCCUCCUUCCGCAAGCUAUCCCCAACGCCGCCCCCGGGGGUUGAGGGGAGUCCUCUAUCCCUGUCCCAGCCCCCCCAGCAGCAGGCCCUCACCUGUCUGAUCAGCGAGAAGGACCUGGCUCUCUUUGAGAAGCUGGGUGACGGCUCCUUCGGGGUGGUCAAGAGGGGCGAGUGGUUCACGCCCGCCGGGAAAGUGUUGACCGUAGCGGUCAAGUGUCUGAAGACGGACAUGCUGAGCCAGCCGGAUGCGUUGGAAGACUUCAUCUGCGAGGUCAACGCCAUGCACUCCCUGGACCACCAGAACCUCAUCAGGCUGUACGGGGUGGUGCUCACACAACCCAUGAAGAUGGUGACUGAACUAGCCCCACUUGGCUCCCUCCUGGAGCGCCUACGCUGCGUCCGCCCACAGGGCCCCGUCCUCAUCCACACGCUUUGCCAGUACGCCGUGCAGGUGGCAUGCGGCAUGGCCUACCUGGAGCAGCGGCGCUUCAUCCACCGCGACCUGGCCGCCCGCAACAUCCUGCUGGCGUCGGCCCAGAGGGUGAAGAUCGGCGACUUCGGGCUGAUGCGGGCGCUGCCCAACAACCACGAGCACUACGUCAUGCAGGAGCACCGCAAGGUGCCGUUCGCGUGGUGUGCCCCGGAGAGCCUGAAGACGCGGACGUUCUCCCACGCCACAGACACCUGGAUGUUCGGGGUGACGCUGUGGGAGAUGUAUACCCACGGACAGGAGCCCUGGCUGGGCCUCAACGGUAGCCAGAUCUUACACAAGAUAGACAAGGAGGGUGAGCGUCUGCCCAAGCCAGAGGACUGUCCCCAGGACAUCUACAACGUCAUGCUGCAGUGCUGGGCCCAGAAACCUGACGACAGGCCCACCUUCGUCGCCCUCAGGGAGUUCCUGCUCGAGACCAUGCCAACAGACAUGUGCGCGCUGCAGGACUUUGAAGAGGCCGACAAGCUUCAGAUUCAGGUCAACGACGUGAUCACCAUCAUCGAGGGCAGAGCGGAGCACUACUGGUGGCGGGGCCAGAACAAGCGCACGCUGAAGUUGGGCCAGUUCCCCAGGAACGUGGUGACCUCGGUGGCGGGCCUGUCGGCCCACGACAUCAGUAGACCCCUCAAACACAGCUUCAUCCACACGGGCCACGGAGACACAGACCCACACCGCUGCUGGGGCUUCGCGGACCGCAUCGACGAUCUGUACCUAGGGAACCCCAUGGACCCACCAGAUGUCUUGGGGUUGGACCUCAACGCUGCCCGGCCCACUCAGCUACCAGGACGAACAAAAAAGGAGGCACCUCCCCGUCCCCCCCAGCCAGUGGUGCUUGUCAAGAAGCCGUGCUACGACUCGGUGACUGAGGAUGAGGAGCUGACCGCCUCAGGCCUCAAGAGGCUGUCGCUACGGAAAGCGGGCUCCAUCAAAGGCCUCAAGCUCAAACCCGCCACCUGGGUCUCCGCCUCCAAACAGGGGGGCCUGACUAUGUCACUCAUCGACUUUGGGGAGGAGUUUCCCCCGACCACAUCCUCCCCCUCCCCGGUGGUGGAGCGCCAGGUGCCCUCAUUGGCCAAACUGGCCCUGGAGGCGGAUUUUAUUCUGGACCGUACUCCUACCCAGAGCCCAUGGCGCUCGCUGCCCCGCCCCUUACACCCCACCCCAGUGGUGGACUGGGACGCCCGGCCCUUACCUCCACCUCCUGCGUACGAUGAUGUGGCACAGGACGAGGAGGACAUGGAGGUGAGCUCCAUCAACAGCCUGGAUCAGCAGCAGCAGCAGGGGGGGGUGGGUGAGAGCCACAGCCCCACAGAGGCCAUGCCGGCUGGUGAGGAGGCCAUGGCCGGUGCGGCCGACAAACCCCUGGAGGACAACCUCUUCCUGCCCUCUAGGCAGGGCCAGGCCUCCACAUCCUUCUCCCAGUCAGCUGAGAUCUUUCAGGAGCUCCAGCAGGAAUGCAUGAGGAGGCUCAAUGUGCCCACGGGAGGAGGUCCCCAGCCCCCCUCACUGUCCCCGAGCUCAGGCCUCCAGUCCAUGGACGUCCACCGCCAGAUCGUCUUGUUCUUCUCUGAGGACAAGCCCCAGAUCCCUCCACGCGUUCCCAUCCCGCCGCGCCCUGUCAAACGGGGGGACUACGCCCGCUGGUCCGGCGACCUCUCCCUGUCCCCGACUCCAGCUUCCGAGGAAGUCCGGGACCGGCCCCCUCAGAUCCCCCCGCGGGACCCCCUGUCCCAGCCGGGCUCGCGCACCCCCAGUCCCAUGGGCCUCCAGGUGGGCUCCCCCCAGCAAAGGACAAUGGUUUUCCCCAGUGCCCCUCCUCCGCCCACAUACGGAUCCUACCUCUCCACGUCCCCGGGGAAGCUCAUGCCCACCACACAUAGCUUUGCCUCGGACCCCAAAUACGCCGCACCCAAGGUCAUCCAAGCACAAACCCAGGGUAAGGACCUGGCCAAGGGGCCCUGCAUCCUGCCCAUUGUCCGCGACGGCCGCAAAGUCAGCAACACGCACUACUACCUCCUGCCUGAGAGGCCACCUUACCUGGACCGCUACGACCGCUUCUUCAGGGAAGCGGAAAACGUGCCGACCGGUGGCAGCGGUGGGAUCUGCGUGGAGAGGCGGCAGGCCAACACAGCCACAGUCAGGCCCAUGGUGGUGAACCAGCAGCAGCAGAACCAGGGGGGGGGAGACCUCAAGGCCAACUUCUCCUCCAACAACAACAGCAGCCUGGGCUUCCGGCUGGCCAUGAAGGCCUCCCUCAGCCUGCCCAGGGUCAGCUCUGACGGGUCAGCCGGCAGGGCGGAGGGGGGAACCACAGCAGACGAGGUCAAGAUGGUGCAGGAGGCGGUCCAUGGCGUGACUAUAGAGGAUUGUCAGACAGCCCUCCAGAACCACAACUGGGACGUGCAGAAAGCUGUGCACUACCUCAAGGUUGAGCAGCUGUUCUGUCUUGGCCUGAAGACCAGGACGGAGUGUCUCAAGGUGCUGGAGAUGCACGACUGGAACCUGGAGGUGGCCAGCACUCAGCUCCUGGACUCCUACGGCUCCGUCUGGCAAAGGCGGUGACUGAUGUCACAAGGAUCAACAGCUGAGUCCGUUCAGAACUAUUUUCAUUCAUCAGCGGUCUUUGAAGGGGCGGAGUCUGCUCCCGUCUCUCCUUUACGAUUUGCCAGAUGCAUCCAAUAAGAAGACUGGGAUUUGAGUGUGGACUUAGGGUACAUUUGACUGCGUCACUAUCCAUGGCUGCAGUCUUGCCCACACUGAGGACCUGGAGGCUAACCCGAAUAGGAGCGGAAGUCUGCUUAGAAUGCAGGUAGUGGAAACCUACUCUUGAAGGGACCAUGUUGUCUGCUGGUCCCUUACCUAUAGCUCAGCACUGAAGGAAAAAUGUCCUCUAUUUCGGUGCUGGUCUACCCGAUUCAGUUAUAACACCUUUGACCAACUAGGCUGAGAUUACCCCUUUGUGUUAUUACUAACUUAUAUGAAUCAGGGGCAUGUUGCAUCCCUUUGAAAACCAACAGAAACUGCAGUACCAUAGAAAAAGAAUAUACCUCUCCUCUGCCAAAGCACUCCCCUACACCCCUACUGUAUGUGUUCUGUGCUAGGCUCCUCGGUUUGGAUAGGGACUUGUUUUAGGGUUGUCAGCAUCUUUCUGCUGCAAUGCCUGCCUUCCCAGCCUCCCCAAGGUGCUCUACUGCGUUUCAGCAGAGGUCAAAGUUCAAAAAGCCCACCUGGAAGGAGAGAACGAACAUUAAAGAGAACGAAACAAAAUGCAGCUGGUCCACGUUUAAGUCGACUCCUUCUUUUCUGUUCUGUUCUACAGGGUUCUAUUUCAUUUAUAGUAAGGAGAGGAAUUACGUUUUUUGUUAUGCACACAUACAGUAUAUUAUAUAUAAGAAGAGUUCAGAUGUUUUGAGUUUAUAUAUUUGCAGCAAAUAUGUGCUUAAAGUUCGUGUUUUUGGUUUUGAACCGAUCGUUUGAAAAGGGGGACAUAUUGAAAACGUUAAACUCUCUUGAGGUGUUUUAUUUGAAUCAGUUAAGCCGUUUAUGUUAGAAUGUGCUCCCCCUGAAUCUGAUCUGCUCCAAAUGUCCAUUUUAAUCAUCCACUACUGGUAUACAGAACUAUUUGACACCUGACUAUUUUUUGUCCUCCCUCACUAUCUACUCUUAGCACUUUGCCCACACAAAACUACUGUUGAAAAUGACCCACUGGCUUGCUUAUUUAACCAUGUGUUCAAAGCACAUUGAUACUUAAAGUAUUAAUUAAGAACAUUGCCAGUGCUCUAGGACAAAGAUUCCCCCGAGCAGACACAAUACCCCUAGUAAUUAGCCUUUACCUCAACUAUUAGGAGCUAAAACCUUUAGUCCGCACCCAUAGGUUGCAGAUAAUUUUGAGAGGAAAAAAUGUCAGCCCUGGCCCUAGUUGGUUACUCACAUCAAGCACAUGCAAGAUCCAAAAUGUCACAAUACUGGAUUAGUCUCGGCCAAUAAAGGAUGUAGACGUCUCAAAACCUAGAGCAAACUGUAUUGUAAUAUGUGAGAGUGUCUGUCUUCAAUGUAUUUUCUAUAAUGUGCUGUCCUCUGUAUUCACCAUAGACCAGUGGAGCAGAGAUUCUGGAGUGGUUCGCACGCAACCUGCUGGUUUUCCGUGUGAUAUGAUUGAAAUUAUGUUUUUGAACAUUUACUUUUUAUAGUUGAUUCCAAUAUGUAAAUAAAUCUUACCUGAGGUCGUCUGUAACUGACCUCAAAUCAGUUAAAAUUCCAGCACAGACCAACACGGUUAAAUUAGCAGACCCACUGUAUCAAUUUGGAUGUGUGACUGUGUUUGUGCAUCUCUGUGUGAAACAGACUGUCUAGACAUUCUCCAGAGAGAAUGUUAUGCCAAGUAGUUGAUUAGAACACUUGCCACCAUGUCUGUUUGUGAAUGCGGUGUACCGUCCCAUAAACAGUUUGCUCAUGUUCCAAACUCAAACUUUGUCUCCUUGCCCUGUUCUCUCAGUCGUUCGCCGUCGCAGAUAAGGAAUGGAUGCGUUAACCAAUUUGACGGUACAUAGCCUAUUGCAGGGUUUAAUAGAGUGGAGCUAUCGGUCUUACCUAUCCUCCCCUUAAGAUUCAUGCAGUCCUCAAAGGGUACCAGUUUUUGGUUUGGAACACAGCCUUAGUUGAACUUUUCCUGUACGCAAUAAUAAUUAUCCAUCCAGCCAUGACAAAAAGGGAAUGCUUCCAUUGCUGUGAACUCCUUGAUAUACAUAAAAAUCUAUGUUGUAGUUUAGUGUUUAGUGGCACCAUCUGAUGUCACCAUAAGGCAACCCUGUCCCCAUGUCUUACACCGUUGAUAUAUUUGAUACCAAGCUGCUGUAGUUGUAGAAGGACUGAAGCGACCUUGUGGGUUUAUUACCCAAAUCAAUAUUCUCCUGUUCAUGUUUUUUUUAUUUUUAUGGUUGUAUUACCUUUUUGUUGGUUUGUUAGUUCAAUCCGACGUACCUGUUACCGAUGUACUUUCCCAGAAAGUGUUUUAUUUUCACAUGGCUGUACAGUAGAUUUUCCCCCUUUCCCCUGGGUGUUUGGAAUUGUGCAAGAGGGCAAAUGCAAGUUAAUGCUGCCGAUCUCAAAUGUAUAAAUGUAUUUUUUAUUAAAUAAUUAACCUUUUUUUUUUUUUUU